AACUUGCACAGAGGAAAGAGCUCGGGGAGAUGCUUCACGUCAUCGAUUUCGAGAAAUUGAGGAUCGAGAAUCAGGAUUUUGCAAAGUUGCUCGAGGAGAAGAAUCUUUAUGUGAUCGAUAUGAAGAAGAUCGCAGGUUAUUACCACUUGAAAUUGACGCAACACAAGCAGAAACUGAACGAUCUGUCGGUGAAAUUGAAGGAGUUGAAGGAGGAGACCAUGUUGAAACAGAAACAGAUCGAGGAGAUAAAUGUUGAGUAUGAUAUUUACGCGAGCCAAGUGAAACGGCAGCAGAAAAAAUUGACGCAAUUGUUGAAUUUCACGGAGAAUCAUACUGCGCCUGAUAUUUUAGACUUCAUCAAACUUCAAGAGGAAUACGUGGAAUUAGAGAAAUCUUAUAAAUUAUUGCAGAGACGUAGGAAUAUAGAAAAGAUAAUAUUCGAAGAAUAUAAGAAGCAAACAAUAUUGAAGAACAAAAAUUAAAAAGGGGGCAAAAAGUAGAUUUAUUUAGAACGUUUACCUAGUUUUCCUAUCGUUGCAGUCUCUAAAAUCGUUUCCACUACUCGAACGCAAAACGUUUUUUUUGCUGGGAGCUAGGGAUGCAAUUAUAUCUGUAAAAGAAUUACGACGGUCUAGUACCGUCACUGGUUGCGCCACCGGAUAAUUGGAGUUACGGUGCUUGUUUAGAAGACGAAGGAAGCUUGAAACGAUCGUCCACUUUCCAUGACAGUAUAUACUUUCCAUAAAACACGAAUUAUUCGAAAAAAAAUUUUUUUUUAAACGCAACGACGACUUAAUAAUUUUAUUUUCUGAUCCAGAAAUUCAA